AAAUGGUCGAUCUUGAAAGAUCAAUUGAAAAUUCAGAUAGUCAAGGUAGAAACGUAAUACUUUGGGGAAAUAAAAAUAUUAACGUAAAGAAUGAUUUUCUUAAUGAAAAAAAUCCUAAUAUAUAUGAACGUAGUAAACGUAGCGAUGGAAGUCAUAACGAGGAACAAUAUAAUUUUAAUAAAGAUUCUUAUAACGAAAAAACGAAUCAAGAGUCCAAUGACUAUUGGCGAACAAAUAAUUACAAAGAGUUGACUAACGUCGACGAUUUGAUAGCGCAACAAGCUAAACUCUUCGAUUAUGAUAACAAUGAUAAUAACAACAACGAUAACAAUAAUAAUGAUAAUGAUAAUGAUAAUAAUAAUAAUAAUAAUAAUAAUAAUAAUAACAACAAUAACGUUCUCAGUGAAACUAAACGAAUGACAAAACGUAAAACUCCAAAGAGAGGAUUAUUCUGGAUCGAAGAAAAUGAGAGUAAUAAUCGAUCUUUGUCGAAUAACGAGUGGAAAUGUUUCAUUGGUAAAAAUCAUCGUAAACUUCUUCAAAGUUACGACGAGAGUUUGGAAGAAGAUCUUGUUACCAACGCAGGAUCAACGAGGAAUGAGAUAAGUAAAGUCGCCAAAACUUGUCGUGGAAGGAACGACGAAAGGAAACUGGGUAACGAAGAGUCAGCGAUUAAUCGAGACGAAGAAGAAGAACAACGGGAUAAUAUCGACGAGAAUUCUAAAGAAAAUUUUGAAAGGAACGAGGAAAACGACGAAAAGGAUAAUUCGAAAGCUGAAAGAUACAUAAGAACGUUAGAAAGAGCAAAGAAUCCGUACGAGGCAAGAGUUAAUAUGAUGAUAAAGCAACGAAUAGCAUUGAAACACAAGGAGGAGAAAAAUCAUGUUAGAAGGAAACGUUGUCCUUUGGGUAUAAUCGAGUAUUACGAUUACGACGAGGAGAUUAACGAACGAUCAAGAGAGUCGCAAGCUGUAGGUGAUAACGAGCAAAAGAGCGACGAUAAGAAGGAAAGUCUGGUUGGCUCGAGCUUAGGGCUUGAUGAUAACUUGCGAGAAUCUCAAAACGAUACGUUAAUAAAGAAGAAGAAUGAACAAGCCGAGGAACAAGAAAAAGAGAAGAAAAGAAAAGAGCAAAUGAAGAACAAAGAGCCAAAGCAACAAUUCCUCAUCGACCUCGAACAAGUACAAGUUAAAAACGGGAAUCCGUCCAAGUCUCUGAGGAGCAAGGUCGCGCUUGAGGACGCCGGAGAGGAGGAUAAAAGCUCGCAAAUGAAUCGAGAAAAAUCAUUUUUAAACGAGGCCGCCGCCGCCGCCGCCGCCGCCUCCAGCAAGGUUCGCGAUGAGAAAUCAUCUCCUAGAGAUUGUCAAACGAAAUGGUCGAACAAGGAAAAGAAACAAAAUGAAAAUAAUCGACUGAUCGAAGAACCUAAUCGAGAAAUUGUAAACGUCGAGAGAGUUAUACCGAAGGAAUCUCUCGAAUAUAUAUUCCGAGGACCAGAAACUCUCCAACGAGAGAUAGUCGAUGUUGUUUUCGGUGGCGUACAACCAAUCGAAUUACCAGAACGUGAGAAAAAGUUGGACAGUUUCGGAAAGGCCAGAUCGGAAAAUCAAGUAGCUGUGAAGAAAUUAGAUGAGAAGGAUUACGACGACAUCGACAACGUGCUGUACGAGGAACUGAAGAAAUUAUACGAUUGGGAGGAUAACGAGAAUAAAAACGGGCCUCGGUUUAAAGGAGAUCAACGAAUGCAUGAGGAGUCCAAUGAUGAUCUCGAAAGGAAGACGAAUAACAAUAACAAUAAUACGUCGGCAAGUAAUUACAUGGCUUUAAAGAAGACGGACGAUCUCUUUAAAGGUGGAGUAGAGCAAGGCGAUAUUUUCGAGGAGAGAACACCAACUAAGAAUCAUCAGUCAAAUCCAAAGUAUAGCAAUAUCGGGAACAUCGAAUGGAAAGUGAUCCCCGUAGUGGAAACUAUAAAUGAUUCACGUUCCAAAUCAAGCGGAGUGCUUCGAUCGGGGUUAUCCAAGCGAAAAACUGCGCCCGAGACCGAUUCAGGUUCGCCUUAUGAAAAUGGAAAGUACCACGAUUCCACGAACGAACUAGAAGAGAACGUUCCAAGUAUCGACGGUGAUAAACGCUCGCUACUCGAGUCUAAAGAUAUGCACGAAUCUUUCGUAGAGCCUAUGGAUCGUAUCGAUGAUUUCGACGACGACAUUAAAGUUAGAUUGGGAAGAGGCCUGAAAACGAUCAGCGAUGAUUCAAUAAAAAACGAAACCUCCGACAAUACCAAUUCGACUAAUGUUUCUUCUAUAAAUAAUGAAAAUCUAACAACGAUUAUGAACAUUGUAAAAAUACCAACGAAUUAUGAAAUAAAUAUAAUUAAUUCGUCGUAUUAUACCCGAGAAAUCAAUGAUAAUUCUAACGAAACGAUAAAAAAAAAUGAAAAAAAAAGAUCGAGCAACGAAAGUCAUUCGAUCGUGAAUAGCGUUAAAAUUGGAUCUAGUAGACGUCCUCGAUUGGAACCAUUGGCCAAUAGAAAUGCAUCGAGAGUGAAACGAGAAGGAAAUUCUUACUCGUUAAAUUACGACAAAGGAAAUCCUUACGAUACGUAUUAUUCACAUUCGAACGAUAUCACGAAGGAUCUUUACACGAUUGAUCCUUACAAAUAUAAAGAAAACGAUAAUACGCAUUUGAAAUAUAACGACUUGAACGAUCUUUAUAAACAGAACGAGGAUGAUUCGAACGGUAGUAAGAUUAAUGAUAAAAGAAAGAAUAAGAAUAAAAGGAAACGAAACAAGAAGAGAAAGAGGAAGAGAAAGAAGAAUAAGAAUAAGAAGGAUAAUAGGAGAUGGAAGAAGAAGAGGAAGAAGAAAAAGAAGAAGAAGAAAAAUUCCAAUUGGAAAGUGGCCAAGAAACGUGUUAGAAAUUUGAACAAAGACGAUAGAUUCGAGUUUCUCGGUGAUACGAAAAGGAGGAGGAAACUUUCGAAACGCCGUCCAUACGCGAAUUUUCGCGACGUCGCAUGGAAGAAGGAACAACGCCGUCGAAGAAAGAAGAAAAAUAUGGCCGGGAAGAAGGGAAAGGAAGUGGAGAAGAUCGAAAUGAUGAGAAAUCGUGAGACGGGUGAGGCGAAGGGAAUUCGAAGGAAUUCUCAUGCCGAUAUCAUAGCUGGCGCUAACGUGAUUCAACAGGAGAGUGUGAACGAUCAAAACACAAUGAGAGAGAAGGAGACGGAGAAUGAGGAUACCCGUAGAAAGAAGCUCGCUAUGCUCCUGACAGCUGACAACAUGGAAGAUGAAUCUCAAAUGGAUUUGGCUCUUCAUGGAGAAUUGGCUGGAAAAAUCGUCGAAAACAUUUUCGAACAAGUGCAAAAGAACGAGGCCCUUAAGGUAGCUCUAGGUCCGGGACUUUAUAGAAAGAACAAGCCCGAAGAUUCGAUCGAAACUGAUAAGACUUAUCAUCAGGGAUUCGACGAAGACGAGGUAUCUCAAUUUUAAGAAAUAUUUAUCUCGAUAUUUUCUUUUUUUGAGAACCCAGCGAAAUGAGAAAUCAUAUAAUAAUUUUAUCAUUAAUUUUUGACAUUGUACUUGCUUAUCUCGUAUUAUGUCACUAAAUUGAAAAUAUUUCAACGAAGAUCUUUAAAAAAGAAGUCUUUUUUCAAUUAAUCUUCGAAAAAACUGGACCGAUUAUUCUUUGGGAACAGAUAAAACAUACCGAGAAGACGAUGAAGAAAGUUAUGGAACUUCUUGGUCGACUGGUGUUGGACGAAGUCCAAAGGAAAACUUGCGCGGCAUUACCACCGGACAUGCGACAAUUUUUAGAGUGGAUGUUGGAAGUCAACGGGCAGAAAGAAUUGCAGGAACAAGUAAAAAAAAAAAAAAAACAAACAAAGGAAAAAAAAAACAAAGAAAAAAAACUUGCAUUUAUCAUUAAAUAUGAAAAAUCGAUCCCUCGUUAUAUCGACGUUAGAAUAAAUUAAAUCGAAGAAAAUGUUUGAUUAAAAUUUACAGACACCU